CCGAAUAAAGGAUUUUCCUAUAUAAAAACUGGAGAAAUGAGGAAGCCAAAUAAAGGCCAACUACUUAAAUGUAACACUUUUUUUUUUUUUCUUUUUUUUUGACUGAUAAACAUUAUGCUUAAAUGGACAGGAAUAUUUUUAUUCAAUGUUUUCCAAAUUCUUGGCAAGUUGCAAUACUGCUAAUGAAGUUAUUACAGACAAACUUGGUAAAGUUGAUGUUAUACCGUUUUAAAAUGCUGUAAUGAGCCCCCUGUAGCAAUAUCCACAUUUCAUGGAAUAAGAUACAAAAAAAAAAAUCUGAUCAAAUCUGAGAAAAAGGAACACAGGAAGUUGAAAGAGUUGCGUAGAGAGUUUAUCCCUAAAAUAGAGAAAUGAUAAAAUUAUGAGUGUAUAUCAUUACAAACUUCUCUGUAUGAAAUGUAUUACUCUUCACUGGAAGUUCCAGUCCCACGGUGCCUGGAUACUUCCCUUGGACUUGUGUGGGGCUGGCCGCUGCCGUCCCAAGGUCAGGACUGCUGUGCUGGUGCUGAGGCAGCCCCAGCCCUUUGCCUUGUUCUGGGCUGGCACACCACAAGCCCAGCACUUCUCUUCCCGUUCCGCGUGUGAUCCAGCUGCCUCCCCAGCUCUCCCCGUCUUCAUCCAUUUCUGUCCUGCCUCAUUACCCUCACCACACAUCUCCAAAUGCGAUUAACUUUGUUUUCUUUGUCAUCGCCGCUGCUGGACUUGGUGUUUCCUAUCAGCAUAGGCAAGUCACUGGUGAUGUAGCUGCCUGACUGCUGAUUUCCAUACCUACCUCAGCAGGAAAUUUUAAACUUUUUAUCACCCUCACCCUUCCCCCUCCUACCAAAAAACUUGUAUGUAGUUUCAUAUGCUAUGCAAAAAGCAUAAAUUAAAAUGUAUUGUAACCUGCUUCUCAUUCAGCCACAGGUUUGGCCUUUAAGGUGAUACAGCAUUUCUCAGAGUCAGGCUUUGUUUGCACAGAUUCUCUGUGCGUGGAUGCUUUGGUCCCAGGCUGUGGUUUGUCUGUCUAAGCAAUGUGGUAGCCUAAUACCUCAACUUCCUACUGCAGAAAGUACAUGUUUUUGUAGGUGCUGGUUUGUUUUGGCAACAGCAGUUGCGAGAAACAAUAGAGACGGAGUGAGCAGAGAAGCUGUGCUGCUCUAAUGACAUUUGCCUCUGAAAGAUGGUUGAUGAAGUGCACUGUAAAAAGUGAACUCAUAUCAUAAGCACUGAUAUAAUAUUUAUUAGUUAAAUCACAGGUACAAUUGCCACAGCUAAUUUUUUGAAGCUGCAAUCAGAAGUUUUAGUGGUAGGUUUGAAUUUGUCUAAGUGAAUUCAGUAAAGUUGGUGGAUAUCUACCUAUUUUAAUUUGUUCCUAGAAUGGGUCUUGGGUAUGAAAUAUGAUGCUGACUUUAACAUAUGGUCCUUUUUUCUUUCUAAAAUAUUUACAUAGCAGUUACUUCAGGAUGCAACACUUAAAAAUUCCUGGCUGUCAAUUUCUAAGACUUUUCAUGUUCAUUGUAAAAAAAAAAAAAGACCCACUUACUAACCAUUUUGACUGGAAUCUGCCCUGAGACAAAAUCCCUCAAGAAAAUACACAGCCUUAAGAUUAGAGCUGCUGCUGUUCUGCGCUGGGGAAAUCUGAAGAUAGUAGCUGCAAGAUGUGUGCUGCUGGCAGCAAGGCCAGGGCAAUGGGCAGCUACGUGCGCUCUGGUCCCAGAAGGUUUGGUCAGCUGGAGGGUGAUUCUGGUGGACGCCAGACUUUAUUUGCUUUUUCUCCUCUGAUGCAACUUGCAGAAGUUUCCCUUUUGCAGGCUGUAUCUGAUCGACAUCUCUCAAAAUCUCAGACUCAAGGAUGGAACAUGAACUGCAAAUCUCGUUUUACCUUGAGGAGCUUAGGUUGGCAGGAGGAACACUGUCCUGCUUGUGGGGAGUUCAGGUUUGGUCUAUAAUUUGACCUGCGGGCAUCUUGACCAUUGAAAUCUGCUUACUGCAAAGUUAAUUUUAUUAAAUUUCUACAAAGAAGACUGGCAGAAUAUGCUGUACAUUUACCAAGGCAGCUUUCUAACAUGCAUUGCUGAAAUCAUGAAUGUAUGAUCAGUUAUGCUUAUCAUUUGCUUUACCUGAAAACUAUAAAAUAUUGAUGUGAAAUUGUAAAAGCGGCAGAGAAUAGAAUCAUUUUUAUUGCACAAUUUGAGUGCUUCUAGCAGGAAGUGUACAGCGUGUGACAAUUCAGCUUGGUAACAGCUUGGUAAGUAGAUCAAUAGAACAGAUUACUUCAGUUUUUACAGAAGUUGCAAAUACUAUAGAGAGAUAGUGGGAUCAUGGUUUCUAAACCAUAAACCACACUUUCCUGCACAACAAUCUGCAAAUACAUUACUUUUUUUUUGUAAAACAGGUAUGUGAUUUUCAGCUGCAAGGAACUUCCUCUUUCUUCAAAAGGACUAAAUAAAUAUUGUUGCUGAGAACACUCAUCCCGCUGCUGUCUUUUAGUUUGCGCUUGAGUGAUCAAGUGUUUUGUUAAGUGAAAGGGUUGUCAUGAGCCAUUUUGUGACUCUUCGUUUUUUUGAUGUCAAACUUCAGCCGACAGAAAUGGAGACUCUGGAUCUGUUGAGGAAUUGUUUGGUGUGCAAAUGGGACCUGCGGAGGAGAGAGCCCAGAAUGCUGCCUUGCCUUCACUCCUUCUGUAAGGACUGCCUUCCGGAUCUGAUUCAGGGAUAUAGCUGUAUUCCCACUGAGUGUGAAGUUCUAUAUGAAGGUAUCCUUUUGUGCCCUGUGUGCAAGCAGACCUGCUUUGCAAGGGAUGUAGUUGAAAAUCUCUUUCUCAAGGACUUUUCCACUGGUAAUUCAACUAUGGCAAAGAGCUGCUCCACAUGUAAAGAGAAGAGACCUGCUCACAGUCUCUGUACAAGCUGCAAUAAGUGGUUGUGCAGCUCAUGUACAGAGGAACACGAACAUGGCAAGGAAACUGGAGACUGCUUCCUGGCUGUGUCCAUGAAGGGCUGCACAGCAACUGAAGAUGAAGCAAGCAAGUUUUCCUUACUUUGCCCAGUGCACACACAAGAGCCCCUCAAGCUGUUCUGUGAGACCUGUGAUACCCUUACGUGCCGCAGCUGCCUUCUGACAGAGCAUAAGGAACACAGGUUCAGACAUCUUGAUGAAGCUUUGCAAAAUCAGAGAGUUAUCCUGGAAAAUGUCAUAACUAAAGUGGAAGAGAAAAAAAAUGGAAUUCAGGUUUCAGCUAAACAGAUUGAAGACAGGCUGCUUGAAGUAAAGCAUUUAUACAAAAAGGUUGAAAAUCAAAUAAAAAUGGCCAAGAUGGUUUUGAUGAGUGAAAUAAAUAAACGAACAAAUAUCCUUCUUGAACAACUUGAAAAAAUCACAAGUGAAAGGAAGCAGAAAUUGGAGCAACAGCUGCAAGGUGUUGUGGUUUUAGGCAGACAGGUAGAACAUGUGCAGAACUUCAUCAGUUGGGCAGUGUGCAGUAAAAACAGCAUCCCAUUUCUCUUCAGUAAAGAACUGAUUGUAUUUCAGAUCCAGCGCUUGUUAGAGACAAACUGUAACACAGACAUAGGCCCUCCUCUGAAGAUCAGAUUUACUUGGGAUCCCUCCUACUGGACUAAACAACUGUCUAAUUUGGGCUGUUUCACUAUGGAAGGUGGACACAUUCCUCACUCAGAUGUGCUACUCUGUGGAAAUGUGCAAGGAUUACAGACCUCCUUGUAUCACGGGCACCAUUCACCAGCAUCACAGCUGGAGCCUGUGAAUAACCAGCUACCUCAGUUUCCACCUGAGGUUCAGUGUCCCGCACCUGUGUGUUGCUCACACUGCCUCAGCGUGCCUCACCCAAACAAAGCUCAGCCUUCUUACCAAGACAUAAACCGCCAUCAAAAUUUCCGACAAACUCCUGAACUGCAUCAGCAGCACUUUCCUCUGCAGUGCAGUGUGCAGCAACAUGACAGAGACCAAAGGGGUGUCCCCCAACCUAUGAAGCUAGCACAAUCUGGGCUGGAACGGCAGCCACGGUCAGAGCCAGAGAAUGUGUCUGGGAGGGUGGGAAAGCACUUACCAUCCCAGCAGCCACAGCAGACUGCACCCCUGGGUUAUGCUGUUGUAUCACAUGAGGCUCAGCAAGUUCACACGGGCCAUCCACAGCCAUUCCGCACACAGACCGCUUUGCAGACAUCAACUGUGCAAGUGCAACUUGGUCAUCUCCAAAAGAUAAAAUCAGGCCACUUGCAGCAGCCACCACAGCAGCAGCUGCCACCAGCGUCGCCACCGUUAGGUCAGAAUGAGAACACCCACAAACAAGUAAUUCAGCAGAGCCUGGACAUAAUGCACCACCAGUUUGAACUGGAGGAGAUGAAAAAGGAUCUGGAGCUUCUUCUGCAGGCCCAAGGACAGUCCAGCUUGCAGCUGAACCAGGCCAAGCCACCUCAGCAUGUUCAACAGACCAUAGUUGGUCAAAUCAACUACAUAGUGAGGCAGCCAGCUCCUGUUCAGCAACAAAGCCAAGAUGAAGCACAAAUCUGUGAGAGUUCCACUGAACUUGAUGCCCAGAAGCCUGUAAUUCCUCUUGACAAAAGUGACAGUCCCUCUCUGCCACAGUCAAUGGAUGAAGAAGCCAGUGUGAGCAGUCACUCCCCUGAGAGCACAUUGCAACAAUCAGCUUUCCAUCCACUGAGAAAGCGUUCAGCAUCCUUAAGUGUUGUGGGCUUUUCAAACAGUUUAGAAAUGGAAUUACCUUCAACAAGAUCAUCUAGCUCAGCCGAUCCACAGAUUCGAGGAGCAGCUGCUAUAACUCUUGGCCUCUCCCCGAAUGCCCUUUGUGACUGUGAUACUGCACCAGAGUCGAUUCCCAGUUCCAACUUGACCUUGGGCAGAGCUCCAAGUGACCUGAGCCCCAGGGUAACUGCUGACCUCGCACCAGGUGAUGCACUUCAGGGCAGCACUAAGUGCAAGCUGGAAAAUGAAGACUUCAUUAUUGUAGAUCAUCCCCUAGAAAACAGCUUGGCUACUGCUAGGCAAGAUGUAGUUGAUGAAUCAAGUUUUUCUAUGCAAAAUAUUCUGGAAGAACCUAUUAAUCUUUCAAUCAAAAAAUCUCAACAUUGCACUUCUCCUUCUGAACUGCUCAGCAACAGUUCUUUCCUGCCUGUGAAUGCCAGAAUGGAACAGCUUAGAAGCAAAGAAGUUCCAGAUUCCAAUAGCUAUGAAAAGGAACAUUUUGAAAUGGAUAUGAAAAGCAAUCAGAAUGUCAGACCUGACAUUAAGGAGCAGAAGAUCCCCUAUGUGCGACUGGAACGUUUAAAACUAUGUAUAUCAGAAGCAGGGGAGCUCCCAGUGUUUAAGCUCCAGCCACAGGACAAUGAGCAGGAGGGUAAUUUCCUCCUAAUCAUUGAAUGUGGGACUCAGUCUUCAAGUUUGUCUAUAAAAAUAAAUAACACUAGUCCACCUGAAGGACUGAAUUCUGAAGAGGAGAACUCAGAGAACAGAAAAUUUCUUAUAUCCCAGGCUGCAGGACAGACACAAUCUGCUCCUGUAGAUAUACCAUCUUUGGAUCAGAAGCUCAGCAAUGGCAUCUCUACCAUGAAAAAAUCUCCAGUUACUCAGGAAGUCAAUCCGAUUGAAAAUGAGGAUUUCUGUGCUGUGUGUCUUAAUGGAGGAGAACUGUUGUGUUGUGAUCGCUGCCCCAAGGUCUUCCAUCUUUCCUGCCAUGUUCCGGCCCUGCUUAGCUUUCCAGUGGGAGAAUGGGUGUGCACACUUUGCCGUAAUCCAGUGAAACCAGAGGUAGAAUAUGACUGUGAAAACACACGCUACAGCCACAGCUGUAAUGCACAAUGUGGACUUGAUGACUGUGACCAGAAGAAGUGUGAAAAGCUGGUACUUUUCCUGUUCUGCAAUAGUAUGAGCCUCCCAUUCCAUGAACCUGUCAGCCCCCUGGCUCGGCAUUAUUAUCAGAUCAUCAAAAGGCCAAUGGAUUUGUCAAGCAUACGAAAAAAGUUGCAAAAAAAGGACAAGUACCACUAUUCUGCACCUGAGGAACUUGUGACUGACGUGCGCCUCAUGUUUUGGAACUGUGCAAAGUUCAAUUAUCCAGAUUCAGAGGUUGCUGAGGCCGGACGAUGCCUAGAUGUAUUUUUUGAGGGCAAACUGAAGGAGAUUUAUCCAGAUAGGCAUUUUCCUUCAAUGCAACAAGAAGACUCUGAUUCUGAAGAAGUGGAGAGUCAGAAUAGCAACAUACCGUCCCAGGAUUUUCUGUGGCCAUCCUAUGGACAGGAGUGCAUUCAGCCUAAAAGGAGACGGCGCCAUGCUGAAAGUGAGAAAACUAAAAGAAUGAUGUUUCAGCCUUCCUCAGGAAUGAUCUUCUCAAGAUAAGAGACUUGCUAUGAGGAAUCCAACAGCAUAACUGACAAGAGUUAAGGUGUGUGGGAGGAAAGCAAAGCACUUGGGCUGUUUAUUUAAACUCUUCUAAUCUGCUGACCAUAUGCCUUAUUUCUAGAUCUUGUGGGUAGAUAACAGAUCCAAAGUGUUUGAAUCUGUCAAUAUUCAAUCUGUUAAAUCACGUAUAUGUUUUGCAGUGUUUACACGGAAGUCCUAAUGUUUUGGUGAUAGGUAAUUAUGAUUAAUAAAAAAAGUAACAUGCUAAUAAUAUCUAAUACUGCAGUACCAUUUUAUAAUCUGUUCAACAUGACAUCUCUAUUUUAUAGAGCACAGGUAACCAUGUAAUAAUCUUGCAAGCUCAGUGUGAAUGUUGGCCAUGCUUUGUGAUGAAUACAGUGUGUAGUCAGAAAAACCAUAAUCAUGUUGUCUAAUUCAACAAUUUUUUGUGGGAGCUUGGCUGCUCAAGGCCUAUGAGAUACAGUCUAAUGUGAUUAUCUGAUUAGCUGUUUCUUUUGAAGCAGGGCAUUUUGAUUAGAUCAUGAAAGAACAAGUGUUAAUAGUGCUAAUACUAGGGCUCUGUGUGAGCUCUUUCUGAGUGCAUACUGGAUGCUCUGUUUGCAAGGAAUGACUCUUCUGGCAUCUUAAUCAUAUUCAGUAAAGCAGUGUGAGAUUUCUCGGGUCUCAAAGGUCACAUUUUUAUACAACCCAAGCCUGUUGUUUUUCUUUAAAGUAGAUAUUGGAAUUCAGUAAAUUAACUAUGAAGCAAAUUACAUGGUUAUAGAAGUGCCUAUAAAAUAAAGUCAUAUAUUCCUGAUUUUCUCUUUGCUUAUUUCUUGUAGUUGUGAUUAUCAACAGUACUAGAAGAUGAUGAUGAUGUGUAUAUGUAGAAGCUCAAACAGAAUGAAAGGAUGUCUUAGCUUUUUUUUUUUUCCUAUCUUAAAUUCCACAAUGCGUUGGCAGAAUAUCACCAAGGGCCAGAAGAGCAAGUUUAGAGUUAACUAGAACGAAGGGUAGCAUGUAGUUGUAGAGCCUGAAGGGUGAGAUAGGUAAUGACAUGACACCUGAUCAGAGAGUGAUGGUUUAUAAGCUGCUUCCCACCUCUUCCAGAAGCAGGUGGGCCAGAUCUUUGUGUGGCCAGUGCUUUCUUUGUGUGUGUGAGGGCAUCUUCCUCCUUAGAGUUCUGCCCAGCAGUGUAAAGCUGGGUGGUGGUCUGUCCCUGAGGGAGAAGGGUUGUUGCAGAUCUCAAAUACAGCUCAAGUUCCUUUUAAUUAGGUUUCUGUAAACAAAAAUGAUAUUUUCAGCAUAGUUUAUAUGGGCUAUUUGGUCUGGUAACCAUAUAUGUUUUUUAGAUAACACUUUAAAGUAAAGGUUUAUAUAUGAAAUAAUAAGACAUGAAUGUUAUAUUCUACUAUCCAUGUGACUUGCCAUUAAUUUGGUAGUGAGCUAAUGUUUUGUUUUCUUUGAAGAAAUGAAAAUCUGGAUAUUAUAAGCUGACUGAAAAACUGUGAGAUGAAGGAACAGCCUUUACAUUUUCUAUAUGUGAAUUCCUAUGCGUUUGCUUUUUGUCAAACUCCUGUUCUCAAAACAGUAAGUGUCUUGGCACAGAUAAAUGAGUGCAGGUUUGUAACUGAAUUAAUCACCCUUAUCUGUGCUACAGGUAUCACCUUUUCUCAGUUGGUAAUUAAUUUCUCCACCAAAGACCCAUCUUGUACCAUUUAUAGUGCAAAACUGAUAUGCUAUAUAGCCUUCAUCUAAGGUCAAAGGUAGAAAUAGGAGACACUGUUGGUGAAUUCCUUUUUCCCUGGAAAAGCAGAGUCAACAAGACCCUACUUCUGUUUCUUAAAGGCUGUAAGUUUGUUAACUGUACCAAUAGUUUUGGAUAACACCUGUUUUAAUAAAAUUUAUCCAGGGUAUAUUAAACCUUUAUUAAAAAUAGAAGUGUAGCAGUUUGUCAUCAUAUGUAAGAUACUCUUUGGAUGUGUGCUGACAGGACUCUAUAGCCUGAGCACUCUUAAGGCUAACUUUGGGUUUGAUUACUUCUCUAAGGCAUAGUAACAGUUUAAAAAAUACUUAUAAGCCUCACGUCAUGUUGUUAAGCAGAACAAAAACUGAACUCAUGCCUAUGACUUCACAUACUUUCAGACACAAAUUUGUGGGUCAGCAACUGUGAGAACAACAGUAUCUGUCUUGGAUGUUACCUUAAAAUUGCUGGCUUGUUGCUGCUGCUGGACACCACACCACCAAGGCAUACUUGUGGCAUUUACUGUGUUGAAGUCCAAUUGUAUGCUGGUGAUGGCACUAACAGGUAUGACAGGAAGGGUCUCCUAAAAUCUAACAGCCCAAGUGGCCCAGAAGAGAAGCAAGCAAUAGGUUAUGUAGUUACUUUUCCUUUUCUCACUCAGACUGUUUCACAAUCCAGAACGCGUAGGAAAGGAAGUAAAGUGGAACCCCUGAUGUUUUCCACUGGAAGUAAGUAUGUCAGAAACAAAUGCCAGGAGCACUGUGGAAACCCCAGCAAAGGCUCCCGCAAAUGCAACCAAGGGUACAAUUUUCCCUUUUGUCUUUAUUAACGGGUUACACGUAAAACAGGAAAAUCCUCUUUGUACUUAAGCAACUGGAAAAGAGACUGAUUACAUUUCAGUAAUAGGUCUGUUGAAGAAGAAAUGACAGCUACAAAUUUGACUUUCAUCCCCCUACAGACAAUUCCAAAGGCAUAGUCUUCCAGCAUCAUUACAGCAGAAUGGCAUUAGAGUUAAUACAAACAGGUAUUUAACAAUUCAGAUUAUCAAAUGACUGCAUGUUUUUAUGUGUAAUGUGCUUUGCUGAACAAUAAAACUUGUGAAAUG